UGUAGCAAUAAUGACUAGAUUCAUUCUACUCACUGACCUCUGUUUGUUAUUUAUUCCUCUUGGCUAUGCAUAUCAGCUUAUAUGCUAUUUUACCAACUGGGCUCAGGAGAGACCUGAUCCUGUGAAGUAUGCCCCUUCCAACAUCGAUCCUUUUCUGUGCACACAUCUGAUCUAUGCAUUUGCCAGCAUUAACUCUACUAAUCAGCUAGCCACCUCCAAGUGGAGUGAUGAAACUCUAUAUAAAUCCUUCAAUAAUCUGAAGCAAAGUAAUCCAAAGUUGAAAACACUGUUGGCUGUUGGAGGAUGGAACUUUGGCACAAAACGAUUCUCCUCUAUGGUGUCCACUCAAGCAAACAGAAAUACAUUCAUCCAGUCAUCCAUCAGCUUUCUCAGAAAGUAUGGAUUUGAUGGAUUGGAUCUAGACUGGGAAUAUCCUGGAUCCAACGGCAGUCCUUCAAAUGACAAACAAAAAUUUACAUUGCUCUGUCAGGAUCUUCAACAGGCCUAUAAGAAUGAAAGCAUGGUUACAGGACAUCCCCAGCUUAUCAUCACAGCUGCAGUGGCUGCUGGGAAAUCAACUAUAGAUGCUGGAUAUGAAAUUGCUAAGAUUGCCAAGUACCUGGACUUCAUUAGUGUGAUGACCUACGACUUUCAUGGGUCUUGGGAAAGUAUGACUGGACACAGUAGUCCUCUGUAUCGAUCAUCUAAUGAAACAGGAGAUCAAACCAACCUUAAUACUAAUUAUUCAAUGAAAUACUGGAAGAAUCAGGGUGCUCCAGUAGAGAAGCUGAGGAUGGGUUUUGCUACAUAUGGCAGAACAUUUAAACUGUCAUCAUUGGCAGUGAGUGGGCUGGGAGCGCCGUCCAGUGGCCCUGGUACUGCUGGCAACUAUACCAGAGAGGCAGGCAUGUUGGCCUAUUAUGAGAUCUGCAGCUUCCUUCAAGGAACCAGCAUUCAGUGGAUUCAGGAUCAAAAAGUACCCUAUGCCACAAAGGGGGAUCAGUGGGUUGGCUUUGAUACCAAGAAGAGCUUUGACACAAAAGUGGCCUAUCUAAAAAAAAAUAAGUUCGGAGGGGCCUUUGUGUGGACUCUUGAUCUUGACGAUUUUACUGGACAGUUCUGUGGACUGGGAAAAUACCCUCUCAUCACUGAGCUCAAGAAACAGCUAAGAAGAAGAAUUUAAAUAAGGUAUUUAAACUAUUGCCUUUUUAAUACUUUGACUGCUACUGUAUGGUUUUAGUAAUGUCAAAGAUAGAGCUUUAAAACAGUGACACGGAAAUUGUGUCAGAAAUAAUAAAUCAAGCGUUGCUUUUUCUCACCACAAUUAUGAUAGAUUUAAAAAUUUAUGCCUAUCUUAUCUUUACCUAAAUAAUCUUACUUAUAUAUAAAUUAUAUAUAUUUAUAUAUGUAUUUAUAUUUAAUUCUUUGAAUGUACAAAACUAUUUUUUAUAUGAUUAUCAGUUGUGAGCAGAACUUAAUCACUUCAUUAAAACAUUAUCCCCUGUUUUUACACUAAUUGGGGGUAAGUGUGCCAAACUAACAGGUGGAAUUGAUGCUUUCAAAAAAUUGCUGUUCAUUCACCUUUUAUCUUUAGAGGUAUAUUUAGCUUAUAUUAUUUCUGUAUGUGUUACUACAUGUUAGUCACUAAAAGUAAGAGUAGGAAGCUUACUAAAAAACGUUUAUGUCCUACUCUAAGCUACAGUAGGAAUAUUUUUGGUCUAAAUGAACUUUGAGCGUGAUUCCUAGAAGUGAUUUUGAGACAUAUUGUUAAUACAGGCCCUAGUGUGUUGAACAAGGUUUUCUUUUACAUCAUAGGACAUUUUUUGCUUCUUAUUUUUUAUAUUUUAUAAAAAAAUUAAGAAAUCAGAAAAUAAUUACUACCACAUAUUGGUACUGUAUAUUUCUGUGAUUGUCAUAUACUGUAGCUAGUUAAUUUUGCUUCAGCAUUAAAUAAGAAUCUAUGACUUUUUGUUACCUUCUAUUAGGGUGUAACUAUGAAUUGAUUUCAUGUGUUAUGUAAUAGGAAGUGUAAUAGGAAGACGCAAGGUCAGAAAAUACAGUAACCAAAAUCAUAGUUGGUAAAAACAGGUUUGGGUCAAGCAGACGAAACAGGUCAUUGUGUUUCUCUGAAAGUUGAGAGUCCUCUGAAGAUGCUAGGGCUCACAAUAUUGUUUGAUUUACUGAAAUCUGCUGCACACAUUAAAACUAACACUGCUCCUCAGCUUAGAUUUUAUUGGAAUAUAAAAUAUAUGUUAAAUUUUGAUUGAUACUUUCUGUUGGGCUUGAAACAUAUUAAACUGACUUCAUAGACAUGUUUAUUAUUUACAAAUAUAUUAUUCCACAUCUGAGAAAUCUUAUUUUCAAGCUGAAUCAGUAAAGGUAAACUGUGAUGCCACAGCAUACCUUACAGUACUGUAUAUACAAUAAAGUGAUUCAGAGUUUGGUGGUCAAAUAAAUAUUACUGUAGGAGUUUAUCAGUCUCUCACAUCAUGCAGUUACUGAAUUUCUAUUAGCAUAAUUACAUGGCAUAAACCUAAAUUACUAUUACUCUGUGUGUACAUGUUUAUUUUUGGCUAGUUGCUAUGUUAGAUUUAGUUUCUAUUUAAAUUUAGGGAGACAGUAAAAGAGAGGUCACAAUUAUGUCUCAGAACUGUUGGGUACUUAGACUAAUGAUUAUAGAGUUGUUUCCAUUUUAAUCAUUUAAAAGUUUGAAUAGCAAAAUAAUGUUGUUAUUAUAAACAUGUAUACACGGUCUGCUUAUGGUUUGAUUUUUGAGACAUUUCUUGAACAAACCAGUAUGAAUUCAAUGUUGAGCCAAAGUCAAUAAAUAACUCAAUAAUGUCAAAAUUAUUAUAAUUUUUUUUAAAGGGCAUUGUAAUAUUAUUUUAAAUCUAUAUUGAAUCCUGACCUGAACCUAAUGGAUGUGUAAAAUUUGUCUGUAUUUUUUUUAUAUUCGUAGUGUUAUGAAUUACUUGAACUUUAUUAAGAAACUUUCUGACAUUCUAAAUAUUAACUGUUAAAUUGUUCUGUACCAGUUCAUUAUAGUAAAU